UAGCACUGCAGCGCUGGUUGCGGCUCCUGGAACCCUAAAGAUACAGUACCCUCGUCCCUUCUUGCUCCGCUCAGCUCUAUCCCUCAUAGCGGCGAUGACCGCUCGUCGCGUGGACACCUCGAGACUGCUCCGCCUAGCGUUACAGCUUCGCCUGCUGCCACGUGGCGCACAACAGCCUGUCCCCUUCCCGCUCCCACGUAGCACCGGUAGCCAGAACCAUAAUCAGUGCGAUACGCGUUCUGAAGCGCUCAGCGGUCCUCCAGUCUCCAGCCAGCGCGACAAUCUGUUUGCUCCGCUCAAAGCACCUCCGCUUCCCAGUCAGCGCUCGAGACUCUUCACCAGCAUCAGCAGCAGCAGCAAUGGCAGUAGCUGUAGCGGGAGAGGAAACAAUGGGGGCGGACAGCAGCAGCACCGAGAGCAGCAGCAGCAGGAGCGGCAGGGCGAGGCGCGAGAGCAGGCGCGCGAGCAGGCGCGAGAGUGGACAUUGAAAGACGCCUUACGGCAGCUGUACAAGCGAGUGCACCCCGAUACACUCCACAACCACCCGCACGAACGAGCGGCCAACGAGCGCUCGUUCCAGCUGCUACAGGAGUACCUGGCAGUGGCGCACAUCACAGGGGCUGGCAGCAGGGCCAGCGGUGCCAGUGCUGGGGGGGCGGCGGCAGCAGCAGCAGCAGCAGCGCGCCGGUCCUUUGAGUUUGAGUUCUUUAUCCGGGAAGAAAUCAGCAGCAGCAGGAGGAGUGGUGUUAACACCACCGCCAGCAGCAGCAGCGGCAGCGGCAAUGGCAGUGGCAGAGGGAGCGGCAUCGGCAGUGCAACGGUUCUAUUCCGGCACGUCACUAUGGCCCUCCCUCCCCCUCAGCGCCCGCGUGUGAUGGGCGGGUCCAUCCCUCUGCGCACGCGCAUGGCUCUCUCGCAGCUCCUCGACGCCUGUGGCCUUCCGCCCCACCUCACCAACACCCUCGCCUCUGCCACUGCCAGUGCCGGUGCUGGUGGUGCUGGUGCUGGUGCUGGCGGUAUGGGUGGUGGUGAGGGUGUGCGGCUGUCGGAGGUGUUGGUAGAAGCUGCUGAGAUCCAGAGGCAGUGUGAGGCAGGCUGGACGGAUGGAGGGGCUUGGAAUGGGGCGCCUGAUAGUCACAGCAGUUUCAGCAGCAGCAGCAGCGGCGGCGGCGGCGGCGGCAGAGGCAGCAGCAGCAGCAGCAGAGUGAGCAGUUUGGUUCGGGACCGGGCUAUGAUGGUCCACGUGCUGCGGAUGGUGCGAGGCGUCACUGUUCACUUCGACCAAUCACAAUACCACGCAUCGCCACCAUCACCAGCAGCAGCAGGUGCCUCUUCUUUGGGUUCCUUAGACCCCCAAUACCAGGAGGUGCUACUGCUGGAGCAGCUCAUUAAAGCCCUUGACCGCACCCCCGACACCAACCUGUCGGGGAGCCAAGUCGUGAUAGGAGCGGGCCGGUACAGGAUCGACUCCCAGGGCCGGGUGUGGCUGAAGCAGGGCGACGAACUGGGGAGAUGGGCGGAGUGGCUAGCAAGGGUAGAUACAGAGGUGAUCCAGAAGAAGAGGGAGUGGGCGCUGGAGCGGCGUGUGAAAGAGAGAGCAGCGGCGUGCGGCAUGGAGGUGGAAAUGGUGUUUACGGAUGCGCUCACGGCGGAGGGGCAGGCAUGCGCGUAUGAUGGGUUUUUGCAGCGGAUGGUAGAGCAGGCGGAGGAGCAUGGGGCUGUGUGCGGCGGCCGGCUUUUUGAGCUGCCCGUGCGUGUUGUCGGGCAGCCGGAGGGCCAGAUUGACGCAGGAGAGAGAGGAGGAGGAGGAGGGGAAGGAGGGGGAAGAGCAGGAGGAGAAUGGCUUCUGGAUGGAGGGGGGCUGCCUUUCUGGAGUGGAGAUCGGUUCCACCAUCAAGACCCCACCUUCUCAGCUUCGUUCUCCUCCUCUUCGUCUGCUUCUCACACUCCCCGCGCCGCCCUCCACCCUCUAGAAUUCACCAUAGACCGCUGCUUCGGCUACGCAGCAGUACCUAUCACAGCCACAGGCAGGCAAGUGUAUGAGUUCCUAUCCCGGGCGGGCGCGGACGCUAUGGCCAUCCGACGGCUAGCGAGAGAGGAGGAACGCAGGCUUGAGCAGCUGAGAGCAGAGGUGCGGCAGCGGUUGAAGCUGCGGCGGCUGGCGGUGGACGAGGCUCGGAUCACGAGGGAUCAAGCGGCGUCGGGGUUCCUGCGCUUGCUGAGGUUUGCGGCGAAGCUUGCGCCGUUGACGGAGGGCCUGUCGCUGUGUGUGUCCGAUGCGCACCGCCUGCCCCUGCCGCAUGGGGGGGAGUAUGCUCCUCCUUCUGCUGGGUAUACGGAUCGCUCGCAUGGUGCGGGCAGUGCUGGUCGUGCUGAUAGUGCUGCUGGUGCUGCUGGUUCUGGGAGGAAUGGGAGAGCGCGGGAGCAGGAGUGGGAGAGCAGCGGAGUGCCGUUUGUGCACGUGAAGUGGAACUUCAGCGCGGGCGAGCUGCACAAAGCAAACGCAGCAGCAGGUGCUUUCUGAAAGCGGGCGAAUUUUGAAAGGCUGGACGGAUGCGAUACGAACCGCACUGGAACAGAAGGCAGUGACACGAGCCAAGGAACGAGAGGACGAGGGGACUAGAGUUUGAGAGGACAAUACAGCACCUAAUCCAAC